AUGCCUAUUUCUACUUCAGCAACAACAUCUACAGUAUCAACAGUGAUAACAACAAUGGCAUCAUCAACAACAAUAAAGACUACAGAGCAAUCAACAACACUGGCAACAACAGCAUCAACUGCAGCCUCCUCAUCAACUACGAUCGCAUCAUCAUCGACAGAACAAUCAACAACACCAGCAACAACAAUAUCGACUACAGUACAAUCAACAAUAGCAACAACGAUACGACAUAUAGUCCCACCAGGAAUGCCGCAUAUAAUCUCACCAGUAAUGAUAGCUGGAACACCAAUUACAGUCUCACCAUCUGUUGAAGUUGGAACAUCAAUUACAGUCUUACCAUCAACAGAAGCUACACUAAUUACAGCCCCAGCAUCAACACCAGAAGAAAUACCAAUUACAGUCCCACCAUCAAUAGAAGCCAUACCAGUUGCAGUCCCAUCAUCAAUAGAAACUGGAGCACCACUUACAGCCUCACUACCAAUUGAAGCUACACCGGUUGCAACCACAUCACUUGUUGAAGCUACACUAAUUACAGCCUCAGCAUCAACAUCAGAAGAAAUGUCGGUAGAGACAUCAGACGAAAUACUAGAAGAAACACCAAUUACAGUCCCACCAUCGACAACAGCGGCAACAACAUUAAUAGCAUCGACAAUUAAUACUGCAAUAAUACCUACACUAAAUUGGGUGAUAAACGGUGAUGGAGAAACUGGACCAUGUGAAACAGGUGAGGGCGAUACACCUCCAACCAGUUGGGGAUAUAAUGGAACGAUUACACAAAUAUAUUACAAUACAAGUGACUCUAAACAGAUGUCUACAGAUCCAGGACCUAGUGAUCGGGGAAACUGUUUCUUUUAUGGUCAAGACUCAGCGAUGACUUCAAUGUGGCAAACAAUACAUAUGACGGAUUUAAUCGAUCCUUCUCUGAUUGAUAAUCAAAUAGUUUGGUUCAACCUUUCCGCAUGGAUUGGUGGAUAUAGUACUGAAGAUGAUAAUGCUGAAAUCCUCAUGAUAUUUAUCGAUGAAUUCAAUCUAGAAAUGGAUAAUAAUAACAUUGAACUUGGACCGGUAUUAGCUGCAGAUCGUGAUUAUGUAACUGAAUUGCUCUUUCGACAAGUUACUGGACUUGUACCAAUUGGGGCUCGAUCUUGUAAGGUGAUAGUUACAAUUACUCGUUUUGUAGGCACUCAUGCUGAUGGAGAUAUUGAUAACAUUGCUCUUUUUUUUUAUCAAUAA